UUGGUGGAAACGGGAAAUCUCGCAUUGUGGAUGUGAAGCCGAAAAAUCUGCAGCUGUCAUGUCAACAAGAACCCAAAUCUUGGAGGAAUGUUUCCAGCACCUUGUUGAAUCUAUGCUGCAAAGAAUAAAAGCAGUUCUGAAGGCGAAAGGGGCUCCAACUAGCAAAAUGUAGUUAAUAAAGUGGCCGGUGAGUAAUACAUUUAUCUAAUAUUCCUCUGAUGUUUUCCUCAGAGUCAGGGCUGAAGGAGUUAAAGGGUAAAGGCAUCCCCCAAACACCCCCCUCCCACCGGUGGGUCUAGAACAGGCUUCUAUAGCUGAAUUAAAUUUUUCAGCCACUCAUCCACUGCCAUGGCAACUGUUGAAAAGCUGCUUGUCGGCCAGCUAAGGAGGAGUUUGUUGUAAGUUUUUUUUCACAGCAGAACCAGACAGCGCCGGAAUAAAGUUUGUGUAAGGCUGCUGUGAGCUGAUCAGAGGAGAGAGAGACAGAGAGAGAAACAACUUAUUUACAGAGUCAUCCUUGUCUGAGCCAGAGGUCGCCAUGUUUUCCCUGUCGGAGCUGGCGCCUCUGAACCAGCAUCAGAGUAGGAGUAAACUGUUAAAGCCCUGGUGGGAGGUCUUCAUGGACUACCUGGUGGUCCUGAUGCUGAUGGCAUCUGUCCUGGCUUGUACCGAGCAGCUAUCCAGGGACAGAGUGGUGUGCAUGCCUUUGGAUCCACUUGUUACUGCAAAUACCUCAACUAGCAGGGCUGCAUUGAAUCCAUCUUUAAAGCCCCCAACCCAUGUUCAACGCAAAAUCAGCCCAAAUCUUCAUUCCACAGCUCGGGGUCGACGCACACAUCUGGUCUACCAGCAGUACCUUUACAUAAGCCAGGUGUGCUACCAUGAGGCUUUGCCUUUGUGCUCCCGGUUCUUCCCCUACAUGGCCAUGCUGCAGUCUCUAGUGCUGGUAGCCAGCGGCUCCUUCUGGCUCCACUUCCCCCACACCUCCGCCCGCAUAGAGCACUUCCUGGCCAUCUUGGCAAAGUGCUGCGAGUCACCGUGGACAUCUCAGGUCCUGUCUCAUGCUGCCCGCCAGGAGAGCAUCCAGGAGAUGGAGGUGGUGGAGAAAAGACCACCACCCCAACCUCCGCUCUCUUCAACUUCAUCUUCACCCUCGGUAACGCGUACAAGACGAACGAGCAUUGACUCGGGCACAGACAGCCCGCUCUUGAAGAGGUCCUUUGCCACCCCUCCCUCCCCGUGCCCUUCCACGCUCUCCUGUAACUCCAACAUGUCGUCUACGUCCCUCGGGUCCCAGGUGCACUUUCUUCCUACCAAGCCCUCAGCCGUGGUUGACAGUCCCAGGCAGGUAAUCAGCCUGGAUAAAAGUGAUGGGGAGCAGACCAGGGCGCUGUUCGAAAGGGUCAGGAAAUUUCGGUCCCACAGCGAAAGCUCAGAUGUCAUUUAUAAGGUCUACUUGGCUCAGACAAUAUUCAAAUUGCUGAUGGUGACCCUGAUCUUGAGCUACAGCAUCCCUCUUCUCAGCUCCCUGUCCUUCACCCACACCUGUCACCCUGAGGAGCAGGCCUUGGUCGGCUACACGACCUUUGAGUGUAUCCAUGUGCUCUCCUCCCUCCUACGCAAACUGCUGGUGACGUACCUGACCCUACUGGGGCUGUACGGCCUGCUGAACCUUUACACCCUCAGUUGGAUUUCACACAGCUCUCUACGGCAGUAUUCUUUCCACUCACUGAAGGAGUUGUGCUCCCUGCGAGAUGUUCCCGACCUGAGAAACGACCUGGCAUUUCUUUUACAUAUGUUAGACCAGUAUGACCCUUUGCUGGCCCAGCGUCUGUCCGUUUUUCUGUCCCCCGUGAGUGAGAGCAGGCUGCUGGAGGAAAGCUUGGAGAGGCGCUGGGGGGAGGAGAAGCUGCGUGCCAUGACGAGUGUGGAUGCAGAGGGCUGCUGCAGACUGCAGCUGGUGGCCUUGCCUCGCCUCCCUCCGGCCCUCUUCACCCUCAGCCAGCUUCAGGUCCUCAAAUUGGAGCUCAUCACAGAUGCCAGGUUUACUGCACAGGUGGCCAACAUGACAUCACUCAGGGAGCUCCACCUCUAUCACUGCGCAGCAGCGGUGGAUCCCGGUGCACUUGGAGUCCUUCAGGAUCGUCUGGAGAUCCUCCACCUCAACUUCACCCAAGCGUCAGAGAUCCCCAGCUGGGUCCUCUCCCUCCGCAGCCUGCAUGAGCUCCACCUCUCUGGCCGCCUAAACAGCGACGGCGGCGUGGGCCGCAGCUGGGCGUUGGGCAGCCUCCGCCAACUACGUCACCUCCGGGUGCUGGUGAUCCGAGGCAUGUUACAGCGGAUCCCCGGGGAGCUGUGUGAGGUGACGGGCAGCUUGGUGAGGCUGGAAGUCUACAACGAGGGCACCAGGCUGCUUGUGCUGACCGGCUUGAAGCGGAUGGUCGACCUGACCGAGCUGCUGCUGCAGGACUGCCGGCUGGAGCGUUUGCCCUCCGCCCUGCUGGCUCUCACCAACCUGCGGACACUUGACCUGCAGCAUAACAACCUGAGGACUCUGGAAGAACUGCUCAGCCUGGCUCACCUGCGACGUCUGUCUUGCCUCAGACUCGCCUAUAACCGUGUUCUGGCGUUGCCGGCCAGUGUCGGUGUGCUGCGAGGCUUGGAGCUCCUAGAUCUAUCCAACAACCAGCUCCAGAGCCUCCCCCCGGCGCUUUUCACUCUGCGCCGCCUACGAAGGCUCCUGCUGGCUGGUAACCUGCUGGAGGUGCUGCCUGCGGAGGUGAAGGCGCUGCAGCUGCUCACAGAGCUGGACCUCAGCGGGAACAGGGUGGAGAGCCUUCCCCCGCAGCUCUUCAGCAGCUGUUUGGAGCUGCACAUCCUUAAUGUGGCUCGCAACUCUCUCUGCUCAUUACCCAGGGGGAUCGCGGCUUUAAGUCGGCUGUGCAGGUUGGACUUGCGCAGCAACAGUCUGGAGGAACUGCCCGCUGAGUUGGGCUGCUGCACAGGGCUGCAUGGAGGCGGCCUCCUGGUGGAGGACUGGCUGUUUCUUUCUUUGCCUCCCCAGGUCAGGGACUUCCUGAGCCGUUCUUGCCCCGCCUCUGGUACGUACCCAGAGAGUCCUUCCCGACCAGAGUCUGACAGUUUCCCAUACUUCUCUCCUACACAGUGGAGUUUCUCUUCUGCUCUGGAAUCACAGAUAUAACAACCCGUUCUUACUCCCAACUCGUCAAAUACGGACGCCUGGGCAAUGGCUCUCAGGGUCAGAUACCGACGCAAAAAGCACCCUUCAGCGUCUGUAUGGAACACACCGGGCAGAGCAGCAGCUCCACGGCGCUGUAAGAUGAUGUAGUAUUAAGGAUGACAAUGGUAGCGGUUAGUAUGAAAGCCCAAAACGCCGCGUAGGGAGGUUGGUUGGGGGGUGGAUGGGUCAAACAACUCAGGACUUUCACUCAGGAGACCGGAGUUCAUGUCCCAUUCCUGUCCCGCGUGUCACUGAAACGUACAUUUUAUAACCCAACCCACGACCUUUUCCUAAACCCAACUGUCCCGUUCUUGUGCCGCAUGUCAGUUAAACCUACGUCCUGACUCAGAGCGUCAAAAGUGACAACAAGCACGUUUAGAUAUGACGCUAAAGGAGACUUUUAGCAAUAAUGAACACCAAAGACACCUGACCAUGCGUCUGUAUUUGACGCGAUGGGAGUGAGAAUGUGUUGUAUUUAAGUAUCCUAAGGCUACAUUUACACUACUACGCUUUGGUCUUUUGCUACGUUUACGCCUCGCUCCCACGCUACUGCUGUGGCGUUUCCGAGCCACUAAAAUGGAGACAUUUGGAAACUCUGGUGUCCCCGUUUUGGUUUGAAGACUCUGAGGUUGCUUUGUAGUCUUGACGGACACAAACGGAGACCUCUGACCCAUUUGACGCACGUCCGUCAGUCUUAACGGUUAGGUAGCUUGCAUAACUUCAGUCUUGUAUAAAGUACUUGAAAGCAAUAAUUGAGUAAAAGUACAAGUAUCUUACUGGAAAAGGACUUUGGUAGAAGUUAAAGUCACCUUUUAGAAUAUUAAAAGAGUAAAAGUCUCAAAGUUUCUGAUAUUUACUGAACUUUAAGGAGCGAAAGUAAUUCUCUAAUAUUUAAUGUGCUUAAUUAUAAGAUGCAAAAAGAGAAAGUUAAUAAAAAUCUUUGAUUAUGAA